AUGGCCAGGCUGCCCCACAGGAUCAUGAAGGAAACCCAGUGUUUGCUGACAGAACCAGUUCCUGGCAUCAAAGCAGAACCAGAUAAGAGCAACGCCCAUUAUUUUCAUGUGGUCACUGCUGACCCUCAAGAUUCCCCCUUUGAGGGAGGGACUUUUAAACUUGAGCUAUUCCUUCCUGAAGAAUACCCAAUGGCAGCCCCUAAAGUAUGUUUCAUGACCAAAAUUUAUCAUCCUAAUGUAGACAAGUUGGGAAGAAUAUGUUUAGAUAUUUUGAAAGAUAAGUGGUCCCCAGCACUGCAGAUCCGCACAGUUCUGCUAUCGAUCCAGGCCUUGUUAAGUGCCCCCAAUCCAGAUGAUCCAUUAGCAAAUGAUGUAGUGGAGCAAUGAAA